AUCCCCUCUCAUAACUAACAAAACGCUGUUGAAUGAAACCUGUUCUUUCAGUACUAUCAUUCUCCUACUCGAGUUGCAGACGAUUCUCCACCACCAUCUGAGCGAAUCAGCCAUCUCCAUCUCUCCCCAAUAAAGAUCCGAAUGAGGGAUUCAAAUCUGGAGCUGCAGGAAUCGGGCUGGGAAGAAUUGCGAAAGGAAGCGCGCAAGAUCGAGGGCGAUCUCGACGUCAAGCUCUCUUCCUACGCCAAACUCGGCGCUAGGUUCACCCAAGGAGGUUAUGUGGAUGGUGGUUCACCACCUCUUGGGUCCAGUAGGUCUUGGAAGUCCAUGGAGAUGGAAAUCCAGUCCUUGCUGGAGAAACUAUUAGACAUAAAUGAUUCAAUGAGUAGAUGUGCUGCAUCUGCUGGACCAGCUACUUCUGUAACUCAAAAGUUGGCUAGGCACAGAGACAUUCUUCAUGAGUUUACCCAGGAAUUUAGGCGUAUUAAGGGGAACAUAAACUCAAUGAGGGAACAUGCAGAGCUUUUGACUUCUGUGAGAGAUGAUAUUUCUGACUUUAAGACAUCGGGUAGCAUGUCACCAAGGAUGCAGUUACUACGAGAGAGAGCUGCAAUCCAUGGAAGUAUAUCUCAUAUAGAUGAUGUGAUUAGUCAAGCUCAAGCAACAAGAUCUGUAUUGGGUUCUCAGAGGGCAUUGUUUGGUGAUGUUCAGGGGAAAGUGAAGGUUCUUGGCGACAAGUUCCCCAUUAUUCGAAGCUUGCUUGGUUCUAUAAGAAGGAAACGCUCAAGGGAUACCCUUAUUCUGUCAGCAGUAAUUGCUGCCUGUACAUUGUUUCUCAUCAUUUAUUGGCUCUCAAAGUAACAAAAAGAUUUUGUAACGCGAAAAAGUUGUGAAUUAUGGUGCUUUUUUCCAUUGAAUUUUUCUGCUUCUUUCUUUGCCAUUUUCUAUCUUAUGGAGGGGAAGUUUUUUUUUAGUCCACACUGGUCUAGGAGCCUCAUAUUUGUAUGUAAGAUAUUCACAUCUAAAAAAUCAUAUUUGACUCUUGAACAA